GAGAGCAUGGUUGGCUUCAUGGCAUGUUUUUCACUGGCCAUUUUAUGUUCAAGAUUCAAAAUUUAUUCAAGUCAGGAGAAUCCAGAAGGUCGCGUAGUCGAUGGGCAGUUUGUGAAAAUCUGUCAUUUUCCUCACGCUGUCUUUCUAGAAAUAAUAAAACCAGAACGGUCCACUCAUAUUUGUGGAUCCUCCGUAGUAAACCAACACUUCCUACUGACGGCAGCCCACUGUUUUUCAGAAGAACAAAGAAGAAGUAAAGACGAAAUUGUGGCAUAUGCUGGUCACGAAGAUUUGGAAAAGACCACUAUUGUCAGAAAGACACGUUUGCCGAUUGUCCAUGAGAAGUACGAUCCCGAAGUGGUGGAGAAUGAUAUAGCGCUAGUAUAUCUUCCUCAUAAAUUACCUUUGGGCAAUAGUGUCAAACGGAUAAUAAUAAUGAAAUAUUUCCCUCGAAACAAAAAAGGCUCAUUAGCAGGAUGGGGUAUCAUAAAUGACAUCACUAAUGAAGGGACAAUGUUACUCAAAGCAGUAACACAGACAGUAGGGAAUCAAAAAGUUUGCUCCAGUGUAGUCUCUGGACCAGGUAUGCUGUGCGCAGGGAGUACGCGAGCGUCAGACCCAAGGCCGGCGGCGGGAGACUCGGGCAGUGGUUUAAUAACUCGCAACUAUCAAUUAUUAGGAGUCCUUUCUUACAAACUGCCAUCCCUGCCCGCUCUUCCAGUCUACACGAAUGUUUCAUAUUACUAUAAUUGGAUUUGUAAUAAUAUUAAAAGAAAAUGUUUAAAAAAUUAAACUCAUAUAUUUUACUUUACCCAUACCAAUGGUGUUAUAAGUAAGGAGGUAGAUGGGUUGUAUUCUCAUU